CUGCUGGAGGACAUCAGUUUAUCGCCCUUGCUUUGCGGGAAAGCAGCGUGUUGGAUCUGCCCUAAAACUAUUUAAGAGCACCACGCCCAGCCGAGACCCGGGGCGGCCACCCGGCCUUCUGGACUCCACGACAGACCAUGAACAUGAGACCCCCUCCGACAGCGCUGGACAGGUUAAGCAGCUUGUCCUCUUUGGGCGACUCUGCUCUGGAGCGGCGAUCCCCCAGCCACCCCCGCCAGCCGUCCGACUCCAGCGAAACAACUGGCCUGGUCCAGCGUUGCGUCAUCAUCCAGAAAGACCAGCGAGGCUUUGGCUUCACCGUCAGUGGGGACAGGAUCGUCCUGGUGCAGUCCGUCCGGCCAGGAGGAGCCGCCAUGAAGGCCGGUGUGCAGGAGGGGGACCGGAUCGUCAAAGUGAAUGGGACGAUGGUGACCAACAGCUCCCACCUGGAAGUUGUGAAGCUCAUCAAAUCGGGUGCCUACGUAGCUCUCACUCUCCUGGGCUCCCCGCCCGGCUCCGUGGGCUUCUUGGGCUCCUCCCAGGACGGCCACCAGGCAGGGGCUCCUCAGAUCGUGCCGGCCUGCCCCCCGCCACCCCCGCCUCCGCCGUUACCCCCGCCACAGCACAUCACUGGACCAAAGCCGCUGCAGGAUCCAGAAGUCCAGAAGCACGCGACGCAGAUUCUCCGGAACAUGUUGAGGCAGGAGGAGGCGGAGCUGCAGCGCUGCUACGAGGACUACAGCCGGAACCCGGACUCUCGGAUGGAGGAGAGGCUGGAGGGGGCUCGCCGCCGGGUCAGCCAGCUGCAGCUCAAGAUCCGGCAGGAGAGGGGCGGAUUGGUGGACUCUACCCGGCCCCUCGGCGACUCCGGCUCCAUCAACUCCCGGGCGGCUGAUGGGCGCCUCUCCCUGGACUCCCAGGACGGCGACAGCGGCCUGGACUCGAGCACGGAGCGCUUUCCUUCCGUGAGCGAGAUCUCCCUGAACCGGAAUUCCGUCCUUUCCGACCCUGGCCUGGACAGCCCACACACCUCGCCAGUCAUCACGUCCCGCCUGUUCCAGCACCACCGGCGCCAAGGCUCGGACACGCCGUUCUCUCCCUCGGCAGAACAGGGCCCGGACCGAUCCACAAGGCCGCUCAUCAUUGGUCCCGAGGAAGACUACGACCCAGGGUUCUUCAAUAAUGAGUGUGACUCCCUCUUCCAGGACUUGGGGAGGCUGAAGACACGGCCGGCUCACUUGGGAGUCUUCCUGCGGUACAUCUUCUCUCAGGCAGACCCAAGUCCUCUGCUGCUCUAUCUGUGUGCAGACGUUUACCAGCACAUGAACCCCAAAGAAGCCCGGGGGCUCGGGAAGGACAUCUGGCACAUCUUCCUGGAUAAAUCGGCGCCCCUGAGAGUCAAGGUCCCGGAUCACCUGUUGGCCGAAAUCGACUCUCGCCUGCGGAACGGGGAGGAUGUGCGGAGCGCUUUCCUGGAGGCUCAGGAGGCGGUCAUGCCCGAAAUCCAGGAGCAGAUCCAGGAUUACAGGACGAAGCGCACGAUGGGCCUCGGGAGCUUGUAUGGGGAGAACGACCUGGUGGACCUGGACGGGGACCCCCAGCGGGAGCGCGAGGUGGCCGAGCGGCAGAUUGCCCAGCUGGGCGGCAUCCUGUCCAAAUAUGAGGAGGAGAGAAGCUCCCCCCUGAACUUUGCCUUGAACACCUACAUGAGCCACACGGGAAUCCGCCCACGGGAGGCUCGGCCGGUCGUAGAAAAGGAACGGGACAAGUGGCUGCCCUUCUUCCCCAAGGCCAAGAAGCAGAGCAGCAGCACCAAGAAGGACAAAGACGCCCUGGCCGAGGACAAGAAGCGGAACCCCAUCCUCAAGUACAUCGGGAAGCCCAAAAGCUCCUCGCAGAGCACAUUUCAUGUCCCCUUGUCCCCCGUUGAAGUCAAGCCGGGCAACGUGAGGAACAUCAUCCAGCACUUCGAGAACAACCAGCACCCGGACGCCCUGGAGCCGGCUGGCAUGCAGCGCCUCUCCACGGGCAGCUUCCCGGAAGACCUCCUCGAGUCCGACAGUGCCAGGUCCGAGGUCAAGCUGGGCCGGUCAGAGAGCCUGAAGGGCCGGGAGGAGCUCAAGCGGCUGCGGAAGGUGGAGAACGUGCCCCGCUCCCGGAGCGACGUGGACAUGGACGCCGCCGCAGAAGCGGCUCGCCUGCACCAGUCAGCGUCGUCGUCGGCAUCCAGCCUGUCGGCGCGGUCCCUCGAAAACCCCACACCACCCUACACUCCCAAAAUGGGGCGCAGGAGCAUCGAGUCCCCAAGCCCCGGCUUCAGCGCUGACGCCUUCCUUCCCCACCUGCUGGAGGACGAGCUGGGGCAGCUCUCAGACCUGGAGCUGGAGCAGGACUCCCAGAACUGGCAGCACACCGUGGGCCGCGACGUCGUGGCGCACCUGCCGCAGCGGGAGGUCGACCGCCAGGAAGUCAUCAACGAGCUGAUCGUGACAGAGGCGUCCCACCUGCGGAUCCUGCGAGUCCUGGAUGUCCUCUUCUACCAACGCAUGAGGAAGGAGAACCUGCUGACGCGAGAGGAGCUGGCGCUGCUCUUCCCCAACCUCCCGGAGCUGAUCGAGAUCCACAAUUCCUUGUCAGAGUCCAUGAAGAAGCUCCGCGAGGACGGGCCCGUUGUCAAGGAGAUCGGGGACCUGAUGCUCGCGCGGUUCGACGGGGUCGGGCGCGAGGAGAUCCAGCAGGUGGCAGCUGCCUUCUGCGCCUGCCAGUCCACGGCCCUGGAGCUGAUCAAGACCAAGAAGAGGAAGGAGACACGCUUCCAGCUCUUCAUGCAGGAGGCCGAGAGCAACCCGCAGUGCCGCCGCCUGCAGCUGAAGGACCUCCUCAUCUCGGAGAUGCAGCGCCUGACCAAGUACCCGCUGUUGCUGGAGAACGUCAUCAAGCACACCCACGGGGAAACACCGGAGCACAAGAAGCUGUGCCAGGCCCGGGACCAGUGCCGGGAGAUCCUCAGGCACGUGAACGAGGCCGUGAAGCGGGCGGAGAACCAGCACCGCCUGGAGGCCUACCAGAAGCGCCUGGACACGACCUCGCUGGAGCGGACCAGCAACCCCCUGGCGGCCGAGUUCAAGAACCUGGACCUGCGAGGCCGACGCAUGAUCCACGAGGGACUGCUGAGCUGGCGGAUCAGCAAAGACAAGACUGUGGAUCUGCACGUGUUGCUGCUCGAGGAUCUCCUGGUGCUGCUCCAGCGGCAGGACGAGAAGCUGGUGCUGAAGUGCCACAGCAAGAUGGUGCUGGGCUCCUCGGACAUCAAGCAGACCUUCAGCCCCGUCCUCAAGCUCAACGCAGUCCUCAUCCGCUCCGUGGCCACAGAUAAGCGCGCGCUCUUCAUCAUCUGCACCUCCGAGCUGGGGCCUCAGAUCUACGAGCUGGUCGCUUCCACGUCUUCCGAGAAGAACAUGUGGAUGGAGCUUCUGGAAGGAGCGGUGAAGAGCGCUACCCGAAAUGCCACGCUGCCCCCAAAGCGCCACUCCCAGGAGCUGCCUCUGUCUCGGCCGGCGCCUGCCAGUCUGGAGCUCCAGGAGGCUGACCUGCCCUCAGGCCUGGCCCGGGACAGCUGCGCUCCCAGCCACGAUGUGGACGAGGAGGAAGGGGCUUCAGACGACACCCCCACUGAAACCUUGGCGGAGGAGAGACACCCGGCGUUGGCGGAAGGGCUGGAGACGGGGGGCUGUGCCGAGGAAGAGCCGCCUCCCGCCGGUCCAGCACGGACACCCCCCCAGCCAGAGACGUCCCCUCCUCGGGCAGAGGGGCUGGAGCCCUGCCCCCUUCCAGACCCCAUCCCCUUUCUGGCCGAGUCCGCGCUGGAGGACGUGGAAACCCUCCGCCAUCUGCUACUGCACAGCUUUCCCCCCUGCCGAGAGCCGGACCCCGAAGAGGACCUGACCCCCACCCCGUCCGUGGUCGGCACCCACCAGCGCUGGGAUCCAGCGCCGGCUGGUCCGGGCUCGGGAGGCCAGGAGGAGCCACCCGAGUGCCCAGGGAGCGGCAGUCCCUCGGAGGGCCGGGGGCCUUUGCUGGGCAGCAGGACCGGGCCUGAGGCUGGGGGCCCCCAGAGCGCGGGGCCACUGGAGGGCACGGCGCACAUGUUGGCCGCCCCCCCGGCCCCCGAAGGCGGGGCUCCGGAGGCUGAGGAACCAGGGAGCUACCAAGUGGUGCGGAAAGCCAAGGUGGAGGGGACUAACGGUGUUCCUCCCAUGCCCGACGGCAGCCAGGCAGGAGCGGACGCUGGAGAGGCAGACAGUGCAGAUGGAAACUACUUCUACGUCAGCCUCCCGGCUGCCUCGGGAGAGGCCUGGACGGACGCCGGGAGAGCCAGCCCCACAGAGCUGGCCAGCCCCGCAAGCCAGCCGAAGAGCUUGCCUCCGCCCGAGCACCCCCUCAGCUCGCAGGGACCACUGAAGGAACGCCUGGCCAGGUGGCCCACCCCCCCUGAAGACCCGGCCCCUCCGGAGGUCCCUGCCCACGUGACUCGGGACAUGGACGUGAUCUUCCAGACGAUCGACCAGCUCACACUCAAGCUGAUGCGGCUGAAGGAUGUUGAAAUGGCCCAUCAGCAGCUGCUUCAGUCGCUCUACGGAGGGUCGGCCGCGGAUGCCAUUCCUGUGCGGGAGGUACAGCCAGAGCCGAGGCGGCAGCAGCCCCCCGGAAGCCCUCCGGUGCCCCUCGCCAGCCACGACCCGCCACCCUCUUCGCAGUCCCUGGAUGUGGCAGACCCGGCAGGUCAGAUGGUCGUCUGCGAAGACAUCCCCCAAGAAGUGACCCUUUAGGAAGGGGGUUUCUGCGAAGGAAGGAGAACGUGCCAGCUCCCCGUGGAUCGCGGCUCCCCCUUUUCCCGGCCCACCUCGGGUCCCUCGCGCUGCGGCCCCUUUGGGCGGCUGACGGAGCGGAACUUGGCAGAAAGGGAUGAAGUGGGCAUGGGAUCCUCCUGCCCCGGAGAGGAGGAAGCCCGGGAGGACGAGGUGGGACUGGACCCUCGUUGGGGGCAGCACACGCCGCAUUGACUCCGUGACCUCCAGAGUCCCCCGAGACAAGGCGGCCAAGGCCCGAACACUGUUUUGUGCAUUAAGCAUGGAGAGGCUCCCCCUCCGCCCGCACGUCUGCCCCACUUUGGGGGCCAACCUCUCCCAGCGCCUCCCUGGGCCAAACCAGUCUUGUGCAUGUGCGCAGAUACACGUCCCCGUGGACUCGCUUCCCCGCUCUACGUGAAACCUGGAGUAGAUCCUGUUUAACUGCACUUUCUUGCUUGGUUUUCUCUCCCUGCUGAGGAAGAUCCCACCAGGAGAGGCCCCGGCUGCUUCCAGACCUUCUUGGAUAUAAAUAUGUAUGUAUGUAUGUGCAUUGAGUUAUUGUAAAUAUGACAGGUGGUGGUGGUCUUAUUUGCCUUCGUACGCAGACUCAGCAAGGAAACCACGGUGGCCACUCCCGCCGCAGCCCCCGACCUCGAGGGGCUUGGGCUGCAGACCCCUGGCUGGGGAAGAGGGAGGCUGGCUGUGAUCCAGCAGCAGCGAGAGGCAUUGUCCGGCCCCCCAUUUUCUCGGGGCAGAAUGGCUCAUCACCCUCUGUUCCAGCACGUGUGCCGCAACCACUCCAGAACACGGGUGCUCGCUGUGGCGACGCCGCAACGCUGCGGGACCAGGCCCUUGCCCCUUGCGCCUGCCUCCGGAACGGGCCCCUUGCGCUCAGACAAUCUGCCUCUGUCCAGUUGCCCCGGGGGCUACCCACAGAGCGCCCCCCGUGGCUGCUGCAGCAGGCGGCCGGCCGCCCGCCCCAGGCGAGAUGGCUACACCUCCGGCCACCCGGAAGGGGGGGUUGCUGCAGGCUGCACAGUCCCAUCAUCCUCACUGGAUCCUGGCUGGGGCACGCGGUUCCAUGGGCCACACCAGCUGGAGUGGCACGUCUGCCCAUCUGCUGCACCAGGUGUAUGAUGCAUAUAAGAUUAUACAUAGAUAUAUAUAGAUAUAGAUAUAUAUAUAUAUAUAAAAAGGAUGCCGGGCGCUUUGCUGUUCAAUUCGCUAAAAGCCAAUUUUAUUUUCUUUCUUUCAAUGGUAAGGUUUUUUUAAAGAAAAAAGUAAAACAUUCUUCAGUCU